CUUGUCGAACCAGGCAACUUUGAUAUUGAAUCAUUGGAACCGGACAAACAGCGCACAGCGGAUACAUCAAAUCAAUUACAGAAAUCUGGGAAGUAGAGAGAAGGGGAGAAGGACCUAUUUUUCUUGGCGUAUAGAUAGAUUCAUUCGGAAAACCAGAGGAAGAGGAGGGAAGAUUGAAAUUUGAGAGUGUUUGUUUGGUGGGUUUGGUGAUCUGAUUUUGGUUUCGUGUGGUUUGAGAUCAGAAGGAGGAGAUGGCUAUGGCUACUGCUAGUGCUGGGUUGGUGAAUGGUGGGUCCUGCUAUUGGAUUCAGGGCGGUUGCUUGAGGAAGAAUGCGAGGACAAAGAGGAGAGUCCUCUGUUCUUCCUCUGUAGCCUCGGCCAGCUUGACGGAACAGUACAGAACGCUCAGAAUCCAACCUGGGGCUUCUGAGUCGGAGGUCAAGAAAGCUUUCAGGCAGCUUGCUUUGAAGUAUCAUCCGGAUGUAUGCAAAGGAAGCAAUUGUGGGGUCCAAUUUCACCAGAUCCUCGAAGCCUAUGAUAUUGUGAUGAGCGCUUUGAAGGGGGAAGCGGACUCCAUGAGUUUGCACGAGUCAUCAUCAUACGUUUAUGACGAGGACGAGCCGAUGAGGGGAAUGUGCGACUCGGAGUGGGACCUGUGGGAAGAGUGGAUGGGCUGGGAGGGUGCAGGGAUUCGCGAUUACUCAUCCCACAUCAAUCCCUACAUCUGAGCCUUCAAUGUAUCUCUAGCGUCCAUUCAGUAUAUCACGGAGAUUUGGGCCCCAUUAGAGCAUAUUCUGUACAUAAUAAUUAAUAACGUUGAUACAAAUUUUACAAAAUUCGGGCUUGUACAUAUUUCUUGAAGUUUUAAAUUUUAAGUAAGAGAAGCCCCAGAAGGAGGCUUUGCUUGUAAUUUCUUAAUAAUCAGACGACUUGACGUUAAUUGUUAAUAAAAUUUUAAGUAAAUUACUGAGAA